CUGUCUAGUUUUCACUUGUACCUGACGAAUCACGAGCUACUUCAAAUACCUGUACCACUGACGAACGCAACGACAAAUCAGCUACCUCUACUACUUUAAGACAACUAUCCAAUCAAGAUCGGCGCAUUCUUCUCUAAUCCUUUUACGUCUAACCAACCCAUCCCAUCUAACACAUCAACUAUGGCCUCUCCUAUCGCAAGUAAAGUCUCCAAGCUCAACCUCAGCCCCGACUCCAAGCGAGGCACUCCACCCAAGAUCCGCCAGCAGACCCCCCAGAAGAAGACCCCUCCCAAGCUUCAGGCCCAGGAAUCCGCCUCCCAGGCUGAAGAGCCAAGCGCCCCCUCUACCCCCACCCCCAAGGGUAAGGUCAGACAGCUGCAGUCGGAGCAGCGCGCUUCCCCUGCUCCGGUCCCAGAUGAUGCCCAGUCCCAGGCAUCUGGAUCGGCAAGCCAGAUCGAACGACCCGUCUCUGAGCUUGGAGACAAAGCUCAGGAUACUGCGCAGAGUGUGCAAAAUGGCGCUGAAGACCAAGGUGUCGGCCAGAUUGACUUGUCUGUUCUGAAGGGGCUGCAGGUCGGCGAGGAUGGUCUAAUCCAUGACCAAGAUGGCAAUGCCAUUGGCCGACUCGCGGAAGGCCAGGCCGAGUACCUUAUCGGAUAUACUGUCGGCGACAAUGGAGAGAUCCUCGAUGAGGAUGGGGACCUCGUCGGAGUCGCCGAUGUCCUCCCCGAGGCCUUCCAGAAUGGAGUUGGCAGCGUUCAGGAGCAGGCCGAAGAAACAACCGAUCAGGCAACAAAAACCAUCAACAAUAUUGCCGAGCUGGCAGAUAGCCCUGUCUCAGAGUCUGGGGAAAUCAAGGAUGAUGAUGGCAACACCAUCGGCAAGCUUGUUGAGGGUAACCCCGAGGAUUUGGCUGGUUAUGCUCCUGACAAGGAAGGAAAUAUUGUCGAUGACGAUGGUGACCUUAUUGGUCGGGUUGAGAUCGCAUCCCAAGCUGAAGAAGCAGCUGAAGAAGCAGCUGAAGAAGCAGCUGAAGAAGCAGCUGAAGCAGUGCCCGAAGCGAAACCUAUCACCGAUAUUGCGGCCUUGGCUGAUCGUCCCGUGUCGGCAUCUGGCGCUAUCAAAGACGACGAAGGGAAGCCGAUUGGAAAGCUUGUCGAGGGAAAUGCCGAGGACUUGGCAGGAUACGCCCCCGACAAGGAAGGAAAUAUCUUGGACGAUGAUGGUGAUUUGAUUGGCCGUGUCGAUAUUGCGUCCCAAGCCCGCCAAGGUGCUGAGAGCGUCGCCAGCUCCCAGAGACCUGCCAGCAAGUUGAGCCGUGAGGCUGUCGAUGAUGCCGAGCAAAGGGACACUUCAACCGCCGAUCAAGCCAAGGAAGAUGUCGAUGAUGCCGAGCAAAGGGACACUUCAACCGCCGAUCAAGCCAAGGAAGAUGUCGAGGAGGCUGCUGAAGAAGCAGAGGAUGACCUUCCUCCCCUUUCUACGCUUGAGGGUCUCAAAUGCAACAAGAUGGGCAAGAUCGUCGAUCGGGAAACCGGUAAGCCUGUCGGUGAACUGAUCGAGGGCGAUGCGAAGAAAAUCUCUAGACUGGGAGCCCAGCUCGAUGACAAGGGACAGUUCUGGGACAACCGCGGCAACGUUAUUGGAAAGGCCAAAACCCUUCCCGUCGAGGAGCAUCCUGAUGAACCGCCCUUUGGCGGGUUGGAGGGACUCCACGUCGUUGAAGAUGGUUGGGUGGAGGACCAGAAUGGCAAGCGUGUUGGCAAGAUCAGCGAAGGCGAUGCUAAGAAGGUCCUUGGACGUCCCGUCGAUGAAGAUGGGGACGUCUUGGAUAAGAACGGCAAUGUCAUCGCCAAGGCUGAAUACUAUGAGGCCGAAGACGAGCCCGAGCCCGAGCCGGAGGAAGCCCCUGACCUUUCCAGUCUGGAAGGUCUCACUCCUAACAAGCUCGGCUACGUGAUUGGACCAAAGGGUGUCCCGAUCGGCCGUGUCGUGGAAGGCAAGGUGAAGGAACUUGCCGGCAAGGAGAUCCAUGACGGCCAGAUCUGGGACGGACCCAAGCCAAUUGGACGUGUUGAGCUUAUUCCCCCGGAAGAGCGGGAGAAAUCAGCCGAAGGCCCAUUUGCCGGAUUGGAGAAUCUUGUUGUAAACAAGGAAGGCCUCGUCGAAGAUGACGAUGGCAAUGUCGUCGGCAAGGUCGUUGAGGGCGACAUCAAGACCUUGCGUGGACGUGCCGUUGAUGAGGAUGGAGAGAUCAUCGACAAGUACGGCAACGUCAAGGGCCGUGCAGAGCCAUAUGAAGUAGAAGAGCCGGAGGAGGAGGCACCGGACCUGUCGAUCUUGGAAGGAAAGACUGUCAACAAGGCUGGCAAUGUUGUGGAUGCCCAGGGUAACGUCUUCGGACGGAUUACCUCUGGUGACAAGCGACUUGCUGGACGGAAGGUUGAUGGCAAGGGUCAGAUCUGGGGUGAUAACGGCAAAGUAAUUGGCACAGCCGAGCUCAUCCCAGGAGCCGAGGAGCAGAAGCCCGAAGGCGCCUUCUACGGAUUCGAGAAUCCCGUGGUCGGCAAGGACGGCGUUAUCACUGAUGCCUCGGGUCAGAUCAUUGGCCGGGUUGUUGAAGGUGAUGCGCAGCGCCUCCAGGGCCGCCAGGUUGAUGAGGAUGGCGACAUCUUGGACAAGAACGGUAACACUAUCGGCCGUGCUGAGCGCUGGCAGCCCGAGGAGAAGCCGCGUGAUGUCAACCCGAUGUCGGGCCGUAAGGUCAACCGUGAGGGUGAGGUGCGUGAUGCUGAUGGUAACCUCAUUGGCAAGCUGACCUCUGGCAACCUUCCAUCUCUCAUCGGCAAGGAAAUUGAUGAUAAUGGAUACGUGGUGGACAAUGAUGGUAACAAGAUCGGGGAAUGCACUUUGAUUGAAAACAUUCCCGAACCCGAACCCGAGCCCGAGGAGCCUGAGGAGGAACCCCAGGAGCCGGAGAUCUCCCCUGAGGAGCAGGAAGCUCAGCGGAAGAUAGAGGAGGACAAGCAGUUGGCUAAGAAGAUGAGCGGUAUUAUUGCUCAGACUCUGGACCGCAUUCGUCCUGUCUGCAAGAUGAUCUCCGAGCACAUCGAGAAGGCAGACCGCACACCCAAGGAUGAACUUGACGAGGAGCAGCUGGUCAAGGAUGUGAAGCCGCUCCUUGAAGAGGGCAACCAAAUUCUGCAGGAGUGCAAUGGUGCCAUCCGUGCUCUCGACCCAGACGGCCAUGUUGCCGCCACGGCCAAGGCCCGUGCUGCUUCUCACGAAGCUUCUUCAGAGGAGUACGCCUUGGCUGAGCAGCUUAAGGAGCUCACCGAUCUGGUUGUCAAGACCAUUGAUAACGGUAAGAAGAGGAUCGCAGGCAUGCCUCAUGCCAAGAAGAAGCUCAACCCUCUGUGGGCACUGCUCAGCGAGCCCCUCGGUCAGAUUAUCACUGCUGUUGGCCUGCUAUUGAACGGUGUCCUCGGACUAGUCGGCCGGUUAUUGCAAGGUCUUGGUCUGGGUCCUCUGGUGAAUGGAUUGCUGGGAGGACUGGGACUGGAUAAAUUGCUUGGCAGUCUGGGAUUAACUUCCUUGACGGAUUCCCUGGGCUUGACUGGAAAGAAGAAAUAAUUGAAUAGGCGAAGGAAUGUGUGCUUGUGAUAUUAGUCUUCUUGAUUCAAUAUUUGCCAUUGAUGUCAGAUUGACGAUAAUGAUUUUCACCAUGUCAAUAGCUAGUUAAAUAAUCAGAGUUUCACCUUGACAAUUUUA